GACAGCCAGAGCAGAGAGUGCCGUGAGGGAAAAAGAGACAGUCAGAGAGUGCUGUGAGGGAAAAGAGACAGGCAGAGAGUGCUGUGAGGGAAAAGAGACAGAGCAGAGACUGCCGUGAGGGGAAAAGAGACAGAGAGUGCUGUGAGGGAAAAGCGACAGGCAUAGAGUGCUGUGAGGGAAAAGAGACAGACAGACCAGAGAGUGCUCUGAGAGGUGGAAAGAGACCUCUGGGGACUGAGGGCAAGAGACAGCUCUGAGAGACAUAAUACAACUGUGGGUGAGAGAUUAGACAGUUUUGCAGGAGAAGAGACAGCUGAAUGACCAAGGAGAGGCACCUAGGGACUUAGAGAAAAGAGACAGUCAGAGUCUGGAGGAAAAAGACAGCUAGGGAGUAGGGACAGCUCCUGGUGGGGAACUGGGACUGAGAGACAAGAGAGGUCUGGAAGCCAGUAGAGACAGCUCUGACUGAAGAGACAGAUCUGGCCCCUCUGAAACAUAAGGAUAGACUGCCAGGGCUCAUAGAGGAAAAAGAGACGGCUCUGACUGAGAAGGCAGGGAGAGAAAAGAGACACUUGGGUGAGGAGAGUGGAGAGCUUGAUGCUGAGGGAGAGGCACACAUUGACAGCUUGGGAGACAGCUUGUACUGACAGAGAAUUAGGGUGGGGAGAGAGGGGAGACAGCUAGGCACUGUAGGGAGGGUAGAAGAGACAUCCAAAAAAGGAGGGUAUAACAAGAGACUGUAAGUGUCUAGGGCUCAGAAAGAGAGCCAGGAGGGGAGGGAGGGGUAUAGCAUGAGGGCACAUUCUAAUUAAGGUAGUCAAGUUCAAGGAGAAGAGUCAAGGGGAGAAGAGACAGCAAGGGCUGGGGUGACAGAGAAAGAGACAUUCGUAUGGAUGGCUGCCUGGAGACAGCGCUGAGAAAGGGGGUAAGAGCUGCUAGUGAGGGUUGAAUAUAUCCUCCCUGGCCCAGGAGUAUCAGGAGAGACAUUGCUAGAGGUACAUGAAGAGACAGCUGCACCUCUAUCCCCACAUCAAAGAGGUGUCAAGAGACAGUGGAAGAUGUCCCUUUCUAGAGGAGGUGAAAUUUAAACCCUGAUGCAACACUCUGAAUGGUUGAUGUCUGUCCUGGUUGGAAAGUCACUUUGUGUUUCUUCUUGGUACUAAAAAUUGUUUGGAAAAAUUGAUUCAGGCUGUGAUAAGGACAUGUUCUGUGCCGGACAUUGCACUGGACUCCAUUGUAAAUGAUUAGCCUCAUGUUUUAAUCCCAUUGACCUAAAAAGUGGAUCAUCCCAUUGACUAGCUCAUCUUCCCCCAGCUGUUUUGCCUUCAGUGGAUUUGUCGUUGAUUGGUACCUCUGGUUCCUUUUCUUCUGGCAAGAUAUCCUUGGUGUGCAGCUGACAAGAUGAUGUGCGAAGUGAUGCCUACCAUUAAUGAGGACAACCGUAGGGGGUCCACCUACAGCUCCGAUGAUGCAAACUUUGAGCAGCUGAUGGUGAACAUGCUCAAUGAGCGAGAGCGUUUACUGGAGACUCUUCGAGAGACUCAGGAGAGCUUGGCCACAGCUCAAUUGCGCUUACGUGAACUGGGACAUGAGAAAGAAUCUCUUCAGCGACAGCUAAACAUUGCCCUGCCACAGGAAUUUGCAGCUCUCACGAAGGAGUUAAAUCUGUGUAGAGAGCAAUUACUUGAAAGAGAAGAGGAGAUUGCGGAGCUCAAGGCGGAGAGAAACAACACUCGGUUGCUCCUGGAGCACUUGGAGUGUCUAGUGUCACGACACGAGCGCUCUCUGAGAAUGACGGUGGUGAAGCGUCAGGCGCAGUCGCCCGCAGGUGUCUCCAGCGAGGUCGAGGUUCUAAAGGCCUUGAAGUCCCUCUUUGAGCACCACAAGGCCCUCGAUGAGAAGGUACGAGAACGCCUUCGAGUGGCCCUCGAAAGGGUGGCAGUUCUGGAAGAAGAGCUCGAAAUGUCCAGUCAAGAGUCCCUGUCACUUCGGGAACAGCUCGCAAGGAGAAGAUCAGGAAUUGAAGACAGUAAAGAUGGAGACUCCCAGAGCUCAGCUAUCCUUAAUGGCUCCUCCCACCUGGAGCUGCGCGGCAGCCGAGAAUCUGAGCUGGACGAGUUGGUGGAGAAGCAGAGGUUGGAGUUGUGUCAAUUAAAGGAACGGUUAACCAUGAUGUGUCGUCAAAUGGCAGAACUGGAAGAGGAGCUCAACACAGCACAGAAAGACCUAAUAAAAUCCGAGGAGGUUAGCGCCAAAUUGCAACGAGAUCUAAAAGAGGCUUUGGCGCAGAGGGAAGAUAUGGAAGAACGAAUCACCACGCUUGAGAAACGGUACUUAAGUGCUCAGAGAGAAGCAACUUCGCUUCAUGACGUCAAUGACAAGUUGGAGAAUGAACUGGCGAGCAAAGAGUCCCUUCAUAGACAGAGUGAAGAGAAGAACCGGCAACUGCAGGAGUGGCUGGAGGAUGCCAAGCAGAAAUUGCAGCAGACCCUGCAGAAGGCGGAGACUCUUCCUGAGAUUGAAGCUCAGCUGGCCCAGCGAGUGGCGGCUCUCAGCAAGGCUGAGGAACGACAUGGAAACUUCGAAGAACGUCUGCGGCAGCUUGAAGCUCAACUCGAGGAGAAGAACCAAGAGCUCCAAAGGGCUCGUCAGAGGGAGAAGAUGAACGAUGAACACAACAAGCGCCUUUCAGAGACUGUUGAUAAACUGCUGUCUGAGUCAAAUGAGAGAUUGCAACUGCAUCUCAAGGAAAGAAUGGGAGCCCUGGAGGAGAAGAACACUCUCUCGGAGGAGAUAGCUAACAUGAAAAAGCUGCAGGAUGAGCUUCUACUCAACAAGGAGCAACUUGUUACUGAGAUGGACAGGAUGCAGUUGGAGAUUGACCAACUACGGGGAAGACCUUCAUCCACAUACUCUAGGUCUCUACCUGGAAGUGCCCUAGAGUUGCGUUACUCUCAGGCACCGACACUGCCCAUGGGGAGCCAUAUGGACCAUUAUAGCAGCACAGCAGUGAUUAGACGGCCAAAGAAGGCACGCUGGGCAGCAUUGAAGGAUGACCCAACCAAGAUCCAAACAUUGGAUGAACAGGACUGGGAGCGGGCGCAGCAGGCAAACGUCCUUGCUAAUGUGGCCCAAGCAUUUGAAGGUGACUUGGACGGCUCAGAUGAGGACGACAGAGAUACCAUCUUCAGCUCGGCCGACCUGCUGUCUCCCAGUGGCCAGACUGAUGUGCAGACACUGGCUAUCAUGUUGCAGGAACAGCUUGAAGCUAUCAACAAAGAGAUCAAGCUGAUCCAGGAGGAGAAAGAGACCACAGAGCUACGAGCGGAGGAAAUAGAAAGCAGAGUCACCAGUGGCACCCUUGAUGGUUCCCUCGGACGCUAUCGAUCUGCCAGUUCCAUCCCAACCUCAGUCACCACCUCAACCUUAGCCAGCCCAUCACCUCCAAGCAGCGGGCACUCCACCCCACGAAUCACCCCUCACAGUCCUGCCAGGGAGGGAGAGAAAUUUAAUCAUGUUCCUAAAGAAGAUGGUAGAGAUGAUAAGGCUUUGAUGCAAUGUGAGACGACCCCUCCCCUUACACCCCGAGCAGUGCGGCUGGAACGGAUGACACAAGCACUGGCCCUUCAAGCCACCUCGUUGGAGGAUGGAAGAGAAUCCCGGGCCAGCCUGGGAGCUGACGGAUUGGGAGGUACAAACAGCACCAGUCAGGACUCCCUGCACAAAGCUGCCAAAAAGAAGAGCAUCAAGUCCUCUAUUGGGCGCCUGUUUGGCAAGAAGGAAAAGGGACGCAUGGGGCAGAUGGGGCGAGAGUCCUCUUCUCUUGCUGGAACCCCUUCAGAAGAGAUGUCUCCAUCUGACCCCAUGGGACUGUCCAAACUGGCAGGACCUGUUGACAAGGACCGCAGGAACAAGAAGAAACAUGAACUCCUGGAAGAAGCUUGCCGGCAGGGGCUACCAUUUGCCGCCUGGGACGGGCCCACUGUUGUUUCAUGGCUAGAGCUGUGGGUAGGGAUGCCAGCCUGGUAUGUAGCUGCGUGUCGUGCCAAUGUGAAAAGCGGCGCUAUAAUGGCUAAUCUUUCCGAUACGGAAAUCCAGCGCGAGAUUGGGAUCAGCAACCCCCUUCACCGUCUGAAACUACGCCUUGCCAUACAGGAGAUGGUGUCACUCACAAGCCCCUCUGCACCGGCCACGUCGCGCACGUCAACGGGAAAUGUGUGGAUGACUCAUGAAGAAAUGGAGACCUUAACAGCCACUACUAAACCUGAAACUAAGGAGAUCAGCUGGGAACAGAUCCUUGCAUAUGGCGACAUGAACCACGAGUGGGUGGGGAAUGACUGGUUGCCAAGCCUAGGAUUGCCUCAGUACCGCAGCUACUUCAUGGAGUCAUUGGUGGAUGCCCGAAUGUUAGAUCACUUAAAUAAGAAGGAGCUAAGGGGACAACUUAAAAUGGUGGACAGUUUUCACAGAGUGAGCCUCCAUUAUGGUAUUAUGUGCCUGAAGAGACUAAACUAUGAUAGAAAGGAGCUGGAAAGGAGGCGAGAAGACAGUCAGAACCAACUUAAAGAUGUCAUGGUUUGGUCCAAUGAGCGAGUAAUGUGUUGGGUGCAGUCCCUAGGGCUGAAGGAAUAUGCCAAUAACCUGCAAGAGAGCGGGGUUCAUGGUGCUCUCGUUGCACUGGAUGACACAUUUGACUGUAAUGACUUGGCUCUUCUACUACAAAUUCCAACACAGAACACCCAGGCUCGCCAAGUACUGGAAAAAGAAUUUAGCAAUCUCAUUACCAUGGGGACAGAGCGGCGACUGGAUGAGGAUAGUGCCAAGACUUUCAGCCGUUCUCCUUCCUGGAGAAAGAUGUUCCGUGAGAAGGACCUGCGAGGAGUAAGUCCAGAUUCAGCCGAAAUGCUGCCAGCAAACUUUCGGACCGCAGCUGUCUCCUCCAUUACCUCACCGGCUGUUCAGCUCCGCAAGAUGCAGUCUGAAGGAAGCACUUCCAACAGCCAACGCGCAGACAAUGUCUCAGUCAGAACCUAUUCCUGUUAAUGCUGUUCAGAUACGGCAGUGGUAUUGGGGCAAUAAGGUCACUGAGCGCACUUUUUCUAUCAUUCAAUCACUUCACCAGAGGGGCUUGGUCAAUAUGAUUUUUCCCUACACCGGCUUGUUCUGACUGAUUCUGGACAGUGCUCUGUUGUUCAUGUUGUAAGGUCCCCGGAGCCACUGGAAUCCAGAAACAUCUUGUAAAAACUGUGGGAAAUUAUUUGUCUCUGCUGCCCAAAGCUGUCUACACGAAUGCAGGGUGGUGUGCGUAUUAUGUGAAAAAUGAGUUCCGCAUGCAUGGAUAAUCAUCUCCUUCUCAUAUCUGUCUUCUCCACAAACAUCAGUACUAAGCGACACACCGUGUAGACCAAUUCAGCAGCAAAGGAUAUUAAGGAUCAAGAAGAAAAAAACAAAUCUAUGUGGGUAGGGAAAUAGGGUGAAUAUUCUAUAUUAGAGGUAGACUAUAUGUAUCGUUCUCUGUUCAGUUCCUAUCGAGCUAUGCAGAUGGCAACCUACUCUACCACUCUUAAGCCCUCCAAGGAGUUUGAUUGGAACUUCAAUACAAAGCCAUGUUUCAGCCAGUCCAAUGGAUGUGAAGAGGGACUUUAUGAUUCGAGAGAAAAAAAUGGACAAUCUCGGUCAGCAUUGCAUAGAAAUGGAUGAAACCUGAUGUCGAAGACCCCUGUUUAAAUCCUUAUCGUAUCUUCUGGUUACAUUCCCUCUUUCCAUUUACCAAGCGUCGUUGGCUUAUUAUGGCUACAAGGACCUCAAGGCAUGGCAGGAAAAUAAUGCCCCCCACCCCUGUUAAAACGAUCUAAUUUAUUUAUUAUUUAUUCAUUAUUUUAGUUUUACUGCCAGUCUAAGUGUCACUGCACAAGUUAAAACAAUGCACUCACAACCGACUUCUGUCCUGAUGAACUUGCAGCUUAAUUUGGUACUCGUGGACUAGAUUGAUCAAGGGACCGGACGGAUUAUAUAGGGACUGGCGUCCCUUGAAUCAGCCAAACAUUGGUAAUCAGACUGGAUGUAAAAUGUUUUGUAGGGUUUAAAGUUUCUUGUUUACAGAUGAAAAAAAAGGAGCCAGUUGGGUGUUCUCUAGUCUUGUAUGCUGUUUUGUGAGUCUUUUAAGUGCUCGAUGUAUUUGCGACAUUACAGGUGAGACCUCAUUCAGUUUGUGUGUAUCUCACACCCUGAUUCUCUGUGCCAUUCUUAAAGGGGGCCAACAUAAUCCUUACCGUCAAACCAUCCUUGCCCUGGUGGCCUAGAGUUGUGUGACACAGAUUGAGAAAAAUUUACCCAAAAAGAGUGCCACAUUGGUCACCUCUACAGGGUUACUCUUCAAGUGGAUAAAUGCCUUAAGUCAUUAAGUUUUUGCCAGAGGGGCCUGAAGGAGGUUUGAACAGAUAACAUGAAAACGGUCUUUAAAAUCUGACUACUAAACACAUUUUCUCAUC